AUGAUGACCAUGAUGAUGAUGAUGGUGGCCAUGAUGGUCACCUGCAGCUCUCUCUUCCUGCUGGGUCUGGCCGCUGCUCACGCAUCCUCCAACACCAUGACCCGCACUUCCUCUUCAUCUUCAUCCUCUUCUUCCACCUCAUCCUCCUCUCCACGCAUGAAGCUCUCAUACAAAGAGUUGCAGCAGUUCCAUGGUGUGCGCCGGUUCGAGCUCGAACGUUCCUGCUGCUUCAGUGCUCUGCUGCUGGAUGAAGAAAGAGGCCGUCUCUUCGUCGGGGCCAAGAACUUCCUGCUGUCACUCUCACUGGACAACAUCGCCAAGCAGGAGCACAAGAUCUACUGGCCUGCCCCUGUGGACUGGAGGGAGGAGUGUAACUGGGCUGGAAAGGAUAUCACUUCUGACUGUGUGAACUACGUGAAGAUCGUGCACCACUAUAACCGUACCCAUCUGUACGCCUGUGGAACUGGAGCCUUCCACCCUACCUGUGCCUUUGUAGAGGUGGGACACAGGAUGGAGGACCAUGUGUUCAGGAUCGACCCCUCUAAGGUAGAGGACGGGAAAGGGAAGAGUCCGUAUGAUCCUCGCCACAACGCUGCCUCUGUGCUCAUUGGCGAUGAGCUAUAUGCUGGCGUUGCCACAGACUUAAUGGGGCGUGACUUCACCAUCUUCAGAAGCCUGGGGAGACGCCCCUCCAUCCGCACAGAGCAGCAUGACUCACGCUGGCUCAACGAACCAAAGUUUAUUGGUUCCUUUUGGGUCCCGGAGAGUGAAAACCCUGAUGAUGACAAGGUGUUUUUCUUCUUCCGUGAGACGGCGGUUGAGGCCCAGGGACUUGGAAAAUCCACCUACUCCCGCAUCGGACAACUCUGCAGGAACGACAUGGGCGGUCAGCGGAGUCUGGUGAACAAGUGGACGACAUUCCUCAAGACCCGUCUGAUCUGCUCGGUGCCAGGAGCCGAUGGCAGCGACACGUACUUUGAUGAGCUGCGCGAUGUGUUCCUGCUGCAGACGAGGGACAGAAAGAAUCCUCUGGUGUACACUGUCUUCUCUACUUCCAGCAGUGUAUUUAAAGGCUCAGCUGUGUGCCUCUACUCCAUGAAUGACAUCCGGAGGGCCUUCCUGGGGCCCUUUGCUCACAAAGAGGGGCCCAACUACCAGUGGGUCCCCUUCCAGGGAAAAGUCCCCUAUCCCCGCCCAGGAAUGUGUCCAAGCAAGACAUUUGGGAGCUUUGAAUCCACCAAGGGUUUCCCGGACGAUGUGAUACAGUUUGCCCGUCACCACCCCCUGAUGUAUAACCCCGUCUACCCUAUGAGCCGACGGCCCAUCUUCGUCAGGACCAACGUGGACUACAGCUUCACACAGAUUGCUGUGGACAGAGUCAGUGCCGCUGACGGACAGUAUGAUGUCAUGUUUAUUGGCACAGACAAAGGGACCGUACUCAAGGUCAUCAACGUCCCCAAGGAAAGCUGGAACAAUAUGGAGGAGCUUCUGCUGGAAGAGCUGGAGGUCUUCAAGGAUGCAUCAUCUAUCAUCAACAUGCAGAUCUCCUCAAAACGGCAACAGCUGUAUGUGGGCUCGGACACAGGCAUCGCCCAGGUCCCCCUUCACCGCUGCAGUGUGUAUGGGAAGGCCUGCGCUGAGUGCUGCCUGGCCAGAGACCCUUACUGCGCCUGGGACGGAACAUCCUGCACUCGCUAUCUGCCAAACACCAAAAGACGUUUCCGUCGCCAGGACGUGAGGAAUGGAGACCCCAACACUCUCUGCUCUGGAGACCACCACAAGCACCGCGUGGCAGAGAAGAAGUUGUAUGGAGUUGAGGGAAGCAGCACUUUCUUGGAGUGUAUCCCCAAAUCCCUUCAGGCCAAAGUUACCUGGACCUUCCAGAAACAUCCACAGAACCCACGAGAAGAGGUGCGUCUGGAUGACCGCAUCCUCCAGACAGACAGAGGCCUCCUGAUCCGCCGUGUCCUGAAGAGAGAUAUCGGCAUCUACCAGUGCCACGCCAUGGAGUACGGCUUCACCCAAACUUUACUGGGAAUCACCUUGGAAGUGGUUCCCUCCAUAUCCUCCUCAGCCUCCAAUCUUCCUUCUGAUGCCCCUGUGCGCAGCGGAGGUGGGCCAGCCAUGACCAAUCAAAAGCUUUGGUACCGGGACUUCAUGCAGCUGGUGGACCACCCUAACCUGAGCACUGUUGACCAGAUUUGCGAGCAAGUUUGGGCGCGCAAGAACGCCGGCAGUGACCAGGUGGAUAAGACCUUUCCUCCUGCCGGCAAGGAAGUCCUGUCCGCAGGCCCCGCCGUCCGCCCGGCCAAUAAGAAGUGGAAGCAUCUUCAGGAGAUAAGGAAGGGGAGAAACCGCCGGACCCACGAUGGGAAACCAAACCCUCGUGCACCGCGCAGCGCAGGGGAGUAACAACGUAGAGCAAAAGAUGGAGGGAGAAAAGAAUGACUGAGAAAGGAGGAGUAGACAGAAAGAGACUGAGAGACCGAGAACUUCUGGAGGUGUCACACAUACAGACAAACACACACUCACACACACAGACACACAGACACACACUCACACACUCACACAUACAUACAGCACCUCCUGCAUUGUGUAUAUUUAUCCAUGGAUGCCCCCACUAUAUUGUACACCCAUCCCUGAGUCCUCGUCCCUCUGGCCAGCCCCUGCAUGAGCUGCCUUACUGCCCAAAUUGAUUCUGCACGAUCCCUUUACACUGUUCACUAGCAUAGUUAAGUGUUGAAGCAGGAAGUCAACGCAUCUUUAUCUGUGGGCAAUAAACAUACACGCCUUUACCACUGACUGUUUAUGGAGCGCAGGAGGAUGACCCAGCAACGUUUGUCUCUACACACCAAUACUAACAGUAUGAACACCUACUCUAUACACCACUUGGAAAAAAUUACCAGCCCCAGCGUUUCAUAUGAAACCUCCUCGUCUCCUCUUUUUCUCGUUCGAACAUUUAAUACCAAUGUAGAAAAAUGGUGGACUUUUAAAUGUGUUGUGCAUAAUGGAAUAGAAUGGAGAAACGUGACAACUGGAAUACACAACCAGGUGAAGUCUGGAAACACACAUACAGAUUAAUGUCCAUUUGCACAUGCAUGCAUGCAGAUAAAACACUUUUAAAAAUAUUGUUUCUAUAUGGAUCAAUGAAUUGAUCAACUUCCUGUGGUCCUCCCAGUGCACAUAUUUCCACUAAACCCACUCUUCACAUGGUUUUGUGUGCAGAGUGUACAAUGCAGGUCACAGAUGAGGUAGAGACGUGUGGGGCAGCCUGUGGAAUGGAGCAGCGUGGUGUAGACUGUAUCGUAACUUUCUUUCUUAGCGGUUUCCUUAGGCACACUGAGGCUUUGUGGCAGCAGAAUAAAUCUCAGAACACAAUGCAGUUAUGGUUCAAGAGCAGACGCAAGUGGCCAGAUAUGAUUAUAUAACUUCACUGGUCCAAACCACUAGAAAUUGAGGGGUGGAAAAACUACUAGCAUUUCAUGAUGUGAGCGAAAGAUGAGAUGUUUACAGUACAGUACAGAAAUCAGUCUCCAAAGUCCAAAAAGUCCAGACCUGGAUUACAUCUAAAAUAAGUGAAUUAUGUUUUAUGAAGCAUCUCUAAUAUACCUAGUUGUUACAAUUAGCGAUGAAAGAGUUUUGACAAGAUCCAAAUCUUCACAAUAAACUUCAAUAUUUAUUGCUUUUAUUCAACUGUGUUCAAUAUUUAGUGUGUUGAUAUUGAGACUGACGAGCGCAGUGGUUUGGGUGGACACCAUUAAAACAAUGAGGAUGAGGAGGAGCUUAGUGGACUCCAGGUUUGACAACCCACGUUUCUGGGCUUCAGUACAGUAUAUAUAUUUGCAUGAUAUUUAUGAGUGAAAAUAUGAUUUUUUUUUUCUUUGUAUACUAAGUGGUACUUCUACUCCGAGCUCUUUUUCACUGUUCUUGCAUAUGUUUGUUUGUGAUAAAUACAUAUAUGCAAAUAUUAUGAAAAUGACAGAUAUGUUAACUCCUCAUUCAGCACAGAAAGCUGUUUCUGUGCUACCCACAAUGCAUUUUUGGCAACACCUUCCAUUUGACUGCAGUCACUGUUGUGGUCACUAGUGUACAGUCAUGAAUAUUGACUUUUGCUGCUUAACAAUAUCAUCUCGUCUUAAUGGACAAUUAGUACAAUAGGUCUUCCUUCUCUCUGUCUUCAGUCCAAUCUGUCUGUGUAUUAUCUGUAAAGAAACUUUGUUUGUUGGUUGUCUGUGGUAACAUGGUGUGUGUAGCCUGUCCCCUAGUGUCCAUUGUGUGUAACGGCUCAGAUGAAAAGCUUACUAUUCUUUAUUAUAUCAUAGUCUAUCGAAAUGAGAGAAAGCAACUGGCCUUGUAAGAUAGAACAUUCAUAUACGUUUGACAUUCUUGAAAUCUUAAUAUGAUUUUAAAGACGGAUACAUGGUUUCAUUUGUGCUGCUGCUGUACAUUUCUCAAAAGCGUAAUGGCUUCAAAUGAUUUCAAGUAUGUGCAGACAAAAAAAUAUUUUUUAAUAGUGUCCUUAUUUCCACAUUAGGCUUUGUCCAUGAAUUCACAUGAUAAUGUCCUUUGGAUCAAAGGAGGCAGCACAAUCUGGGCCUGUGAGUGGAUUUUAGAUGAACUGAGUCGUCUUUAUUUAAAUAGCUUCUUUAGAGAGAUGUAACUAACUCAUUAAACUGAUCUGAACUGACUGACACCUGUAAAAGGGACACUCUGAAUUUUGACACCACGUUUAGGAAAAGGAAUAAUUGCAAAAGGAGACAAAAAAAACAAAACUGAGUUUAAUCGAAGGCAGAUGUUGUUGGUCCAUCUGUGUUUCAUCACAGCUAUUAAGCCGAGGCUACUAAUAAACUAAAUGGAGAUUAAACAUUAUAAGUCACGGAUUUGUUUUUCUUUUAACUAAACAUGAUUUACAUCAGUAGUGAUGUCAGACUUGACUGAGUCUCCCUUUUAAACCAGCUGUUGUUUUGUCCUCUUUUAAAAUUGCAUGACCGAUGUUAGUGGGUAAUCGCGUUCGACAAUGGUGUGGUGGCAAGAAAGAGCAAAAGAGAGAAAGAAAGCACAA